AUGCUACAUGGAUUCGCGCUGCAUCUUUGUUAUGUACGCGACAAGAUCAUCUCUGUCACCUUGGACGGUCAUGUUAUUUUCUUUCCAAAGUUGCCACCGUUUGUUCCUGUUCGGUCGAGCAGCGUCAACACCAAGGUACUCCAAGUGAUAGCGGUCGACUUCGGAUCAAGGACAUUUGAGCGCGGACAAGGAAACCUCUUGCAAACCUGGCAGGCGGCCGUUUGCCUUGCACACGAAGACGGGGUGAUCAUCAAGGAUGAACAUUCGCAAACAUUAUGUCAGGUUCAACUUGAGUUGGGGGCAAAGUUGAUCCACAUCCAGGCGAUUGCAGACAACACCUGGCCCUACCGCAACGAACUCUUGAUCCUCUACGAAGAGCCGAACACGCGUCAGAGACUCGUUCUCUGUGUCCAAAUGGAGCCAGGAUACAGGGAAGAGAGUUCCAGGAGGUUGCUGACACCUAGUUUCUCGUUGGGCAGAGGUGGCGAUGCCCGCGAUUCGAUUGCAAUGUAUCGCGACCGGAUCGGUAUCAUGAGCCACCGCAACUGUUCCUCCGACCUAGGUCAUUAUUGUUUGCUCCGGUUGAUGGACCUGAAGCAGGAUGUGGCUGUCAGCACGGAGUAUGCUAGAUCUGAGAGUGUGGACGAAGAGGAGGCUGUCGCUGAUGGCGCGGACAUCGAUGAUGGCAGUCAUGGCGAUAACGAGGACGAGGUCGAGGACGGUGAUGAAGGAGGAGUUUUGAAGGCAAGCAGCGUUCAUAUGCGCGGGAAGGCUAUCCGGCUGGACCAUACUACGGUCAACAAGGCCGCGUAUCGAAUUUUGGCGCUGGAUCAUGCAAGAAUUGUGCUCGGGGUAGGGCCGAGGACUGUCAAGAUCCUCUAUCUGGUAUAG